AUGAAUCUUAAUAUGUCAAAAAGUACUAUUAGUCGUAUUGCUAACAAGCUUGGAAAACAGCGCCAGUUAGGAUUAUUAAAUAGUCAAAAACCAAAAUUUUAUCGUCGACGUCAUGUAGCAACACCUGCAGUCGUACGUCGUAUUACGUCAUAUAUAAGUAAAAAAUAUCCUCCAACAAUCUUGUUAAUGGCUGCAAGAUGUAAUAUUAGUGUUGGUACUGCUGUUAGUAUUAUUCAUGAUAUUAUUCAUGCAAAAUGUCGUAAAAAAAGGCCGGUGCAUCGUUUAUAUCCAGGUGUCAUUGAAAAGAGUCGAUCUCGAGCUCGGCGUAUGUAUCGGCGAUUAUCCAAUGAAAAAUAUAAAAAUGAUGUGACUACUGACGAAGCAUGGUUUUAA